UGGCAUCUCUCUUAAGGAUUCUGCACAGCCCUUGGGGGUCCACUGUUACAGGUUCCAGUUGUCUCAUCUGUAAAAUGGGCUGUGGGCCCUGCCCUCCACGUCUGAAAAGGUUUGUCCUAACCAUGGCACGAGCAGGUUUCAGUCCCAGCCCCCUGCCACAUAGCCUUGUGAGCCUCCCCACCUGGGUUCUGUCAUCUAUAACAUGGAAUGAAGACCCCCAGCCCAGGGACGUUGAUGACCUUUGUGCCUGGGCCCUGGAGAUGUCCAGGGGUGGGCCACUGGGUGGGUGGAAGGUUGGGAGUACCUCAUCUAGUGUAAAACACCUGUUCUCAAUUUGGACUGACUGUUAGAACACCUGGGCCCCACCCAAGUCCAGUGCCGUCUGUCUGGGUGGGGCAAGCCUUCAUGUUGAUGAAACUUGGAGUGACGCUUCUGCAAAUCAGGUGAGGCCUGUCAUGGCCUGGACUGACCCUGGCAAGGGCAUGCUUUUGUCUUGAGGUGUUUGGAGCUUGGUGUAGGUGAUGACCCAGGCCUAGACAGUGAUGCCAAGAACAGCUGAGAUCUGAAGUGCCAGCUAAAGACUCGGUCACCCUAUGCCUCAGCUAGUUGGGUUUUAUUCCUCUCAACUGUGCCCUCUUCAGGCCAGGCCACCACCAUCUUUCUGGUCUUCCCCACAUCCACCCCUGGAAGAGGAAAUUUCCCGAAGCUCAAACUAGGUGGUGUAUCUGAGGCAGAGAGCUCAGAGGCCUCUGCAUUUAAUGUGAGGUCCUGCUGCCUUCACCUUGCCCCAGACUCCUACCUCAGGGCCUUUACACAGCCCUCUUCGCCUCCCACCUGAGGAGCAGCUCACACACAACCUGCAGGGGAAUCUACUAAACAAAGUCGGCUGGGUUCUCACGACUCAAGUUCAGCAGUGUCAGAACCUGGGUUCAAACCCGUUCUUGUCGCACACUUGUGGCACUAGAUGACAGAUAUCACUUCUCAGGCUUCGUUUUUAUUUGAGUGGGGAAAGGAUGUGAGGAUAAAAUGAAGUCCGGCGUUGCCAUAGGUGUACAGAAAAACCUACGGACCAGGGACACCCUUGCUGUAUAGACAACUGUACGUUCAAGGACAAAAACGACGCUAGAGAGGCAGGCGCUAGACGGGAACAAGCACAGGAGUAGGGUGGGAGGAGGGUGUCAGACCUGAGAAGGCCCUAGUCUUGGCUCCCUAUUCUUACCCGGGGUCUCCAGGUUUCCGGGUUGGUUGGCCACAGGCUGGGGGCUGGAGACCUCCGGGCCUGCAGGGGGCGCCCGGCGCACCAGAGCAACCUGCUCCCGGGAGGGGCCUGGGCUGCGCAGUCAUGAUCACCGCCGAGGCCGCGGCCAAGUCCGCUCUCCCCGCGGUGCCCGGGGCUGCGGCGACCACCGGAGUCCCGGAGCGCGAGGAGCCGGCGUGGCCCUGGGUGAGCUCGGGCCCGAGCGGGAUAGGCGUGGGGCGGGGGUGCAGGCCCGGGGACGCUGGUUUCAUGCCCCAGCCAUGCCCCCCGCCCCGUAGAAAGAUGCUCCCAUCCGGGCGCUGGUGCUGCGCAUCCACCAGCUGCAGGCUGAGCGCGCGCAGGCCUUCCGCCGGCUGGAGGAGUGAGUGCCGGCGCAGGGGCCGGCAGGGGUCGCAGGGUUCAGCCCCCAACCCACUCCGGGGAUGGGCGUGCCCAGGGGCGGAGCUGGGUCCCCGCGCGGCUGCGUUGUCAGAGGUAGGGUGGGGUUUGCGGGGGGACCAGAUCUUUGCUUUUGCUCGCAGGGACCCAGGGCGCGUCCCCACUUCCCAACGCCCCACUCCGUGUGUCAUCUCCGUCCUCAAGCGCGGGGGUCGGGUUCCCCUGCGACAGUUAGUGUCCUCCACACCCUGGGAUACAGGGACACUUCCUGUGGGGCUUUCAGGUGGCCGAUGCGGGUGCUGGGCCUGGGGGCGUAGCCUCAGGACCUUCACCUGCUGCAGAGGCCACCGCCAGUAUCUGCGCAGCGGCCCGCCCUACGAUUUCUCGCGCUACCGGAGCACAGUGCACGAGGUGACCCAGGCCUUCGCCGCCGCCUCACGGGAGGUGCUGGCGGUAGAGGCCGAGCUGGCCGGGCCCCGAGCGCAGCCGCUGCUCGCGGGCCACGUGCGCAGCCUGCAGCAGCUGGAGGAGACGCGCCUGGCCACGGUGGCCCUGCUGCAGCUGAUGGGGGCGCCAGAGCUGACGGGGCAGGAGAACCCUCUACAAAUGCAUCACCUGAAGAUGAAGGUAAUUAAAACCAUAGAGGCGAUCAGCGAGGUUCUUCAGGACCUUAAGUUUGAUGCAGAAUCUGCUGAGUGAUGGUAGCUUCCCAGGGACGCACGGAGGAUGGGAAACAGUGCGGAUGGCGCCCAGCCCAGCCCUGACCGCCAGCUGGCUGGGGUUGUGCCCUGCUGGGCUACUGACCCUCCUUGAGUUCACCAUGCCUCCCACAAUAAAGACCCUUUCUCUGCAGCCAUUCCACUGUCUCUGUGUCCUGGGGUGCUAGGGUGGGUAUGCCUGGGAAGGGGGCCCCACAGGGCCAGGGAUGGCAGGUGGACAACUCCACCCGCCCCCCCCCCCCCCACGAACUGUAGAAACUCUUGUGUUUUGAAUCACACCCUUCGAGGGGCUUAGAACCAGAUAUUUCAUAUCAUGGAGAGAAAAAGUGAAAUUCUGGGAGGCAAAGAUUCCAGUCCCAAAGGGUCAUGAAGAUUCCUCCUGCCUCCCUGAAACCCCACAGCCCCCACCCUAAGCUGCUCCGGCCCCAAACUCACCUUCACAAUCAGGGCACCUAAAUAGCUCGUUUAUUCAAAAAAAACUCUUUGGAGGGGUCCUGGGUGGGCGGAGU